GACUCCUUUCGCUCUUUCUAGCUUUUGGCUUUAAACUCUUUUCCAUCGAUAUUCCUCUCUCCAAAAGUAAAGAGGAUUCUUGAUCUUUAGCAUUAGAAGAGAAGCGAGAGGAUGUGGCUGAGAUCCGCUUCUUUUGUUCUCGACAAACGGCUGCAGCAGCAAGAGCCGUCCUCCUUCUUCCACGAUCCGCGCGACUCGGCCCAGCCCCCGCCACCGUCCCCCUCCGUCGAUCCCAUGGACCAAAACCCUGACCCAAACCCUAACCACGGCAUCUCCGCCUACUACCAGACGCGCGCCGAGCACCACGCUGUCGUCAGCAGCGACUGGCUCGCCCAGGCUCAGGCCGCCAUCGGCCGGGGCGCCGCGCCGCCCUCGGGGUGUUGGCCCUCCGCCGCCGCCUCAUCCGCCGUCGCCGCCAGGACGGGUUCCGUCGGCGGCGGCGGCGGCAAGCCCUUCAGCGUCAUCGACGAGUUCAACUACUGGCGGAAGAAGCCCGACCUCGCCGAGGCCGUUGCCGCCAUCAUGGCCCUCGCCGCUGUCAUCCGCUCCAGCGAGGCCACCACCAUGAUGGAACUCGAAAUCGAGCUCAAGAAGGCUUCCGACACUCUCAAGUCAUGGGACACAACCUCUAUAUCUUUGUCAGCUGGCUGUGAUUUGUUUAUGCGAUAUGUAACCAGAACUUCAGCUUUGGAAUACGAAGACUUUGAUGCUGCAAAACUCCGUUUGAUAGAGCGUGGGGAAAAAUUUGGAGAAAUCUCUUUGAAGGCACGCCGGACCAUUGCAAUGCUUGGUCAAGACUUUAUAUUUGAUAGUUGUACAAUCCUAGUCCAUGGUUUUUCAAGAGUUGUGUUCGAAGUUUUGAAGCUAGCAGCAUCCAAUAGGAAACUCUUUCGGGUUCUUUGCACAGAGGGAAGACCAGACAGGACAGGUUUACGAUUCUCAAAUGAGCUUGCUGCACUAGGUGUUCCAGUUAAACUUCUGAUUGAUUCUGCAGUGGCCUAUAGCAUGGAUGAGGUUGACAUGGUCUUUGUUGGGGCUGAUGGGGUUGUUGAAAGUGGAGGCAUCAUCAACAUGAUGGGAACAUAUCAAAUUGCAUUAGUGGCCCAUAGCAUGAAUAAACCUGUCUAUGUGGCUGCUGAAAGUUACAAGUUUGCACGUCUGUACCCAUUGGACCAGAAGGACCUAGCUCCUGCACUUCGCCCCAUAGACUUUGGUGUUCCCAUUCCCUCAGGUGUUGAGGUCGAAACAUCUGCAAGGGACUAUACUCCUCCUCAGUAUCUCACGCUCCUUUUCACAGAUCUUGGUGUUCUUACACCUUCUGUUGUAAGUGAUGAGCUCAUUCAGCUAUACCUAUAGCCAUUACCUUCUGAACGAUUUUCUGCUCUGCCAAAUUGGAGCUUAACCAUCACACAUCAAACAGUGGAGACGGUGGAGCCAGUUAAUCUGCGAGCUUCUCUUUGUUAUGAGCCAUCAAUUCGAACUCCAGCGUCAAAUUUAAUUCUGUAGAAUGCUGAUCUUUGUGAUAAUAGAAUAUUUAUCUGAUUUUAUGCCUCAAUCUUAUGGGAACGCUCUUCUUCCUUUUAUGAUUCAUGGAAACUAUCUUGUUGGUUCA